AUGGGUUUGUGUGGCGACGUUAUGGGUUUUGGUGGUGGUGCCAUGGUUGUUCCGUUCUCGAUCUCCAUGAAAGAGUCACUAGGAGAAGUUGUUACAACCAUAUUUACUGAUGAAGAGUUAAAGCACAUUAUCGUACUGGAGAGAGAAGCAGAUUAUAUUGACGUUGGAUGUGGAUGUACCCUCCGUCGUUUUGGCGACACAGCUGGGAAGCUUAGGAUUUAUGCCGAGGGAAGACUUGAGAUAUUCUGUCAGUGCAACCGCUGCGAUCUGAAUGAAAAUUCGGGGAAUAAAAUAUCUCCUGCUGAGUUUGUAAAACAUUCUGGGAGAAAAGAUUUCAAGGAGUGGAAGAACCGAAUUUGGAUCAACAAUAAUGAAGGGAAAAAGAUUCGGUUGUGGAGGACUUGUCUGUUGAAAUACUACAGAGAAGAAACAACAGCACUAGUAGUAGAGGUUGAAGGGUCUCGCAGACGCCACCAAAUUGUUCAUCGUGAUGAGUUUAUUCGUUGUUCUGUAUGCCAUAAAGAGCGUCGAUUCCCUCUGCAGACCAAAGAAAAAUGCAGGAUUUACCAUGAUGCUUUGGCCAAUAAAAAGUGGAAAUGCUCUGACGUGCCAUAUGAUCAGUAA